AUGAUGGCCGACGAAUGCGUGAAUCCCGCCGCGCAACGUUUUCUUCCAGGGGGACACGUCGAGGCGAAUUGCGGCGGCCAGCUCGAUUCCCCGCGGAUCCGGAGUGUCAAACCGCGCGUCGAUGCCGCAAGCAACGUGCAAGCCUUCCCCGCAUCCCUUCCUAGCGCCGCUGCCGCCGCCGCCGCCGUCGCUGCGAGCGCGGACCUAGACCUCGCCGUUCGCCUAUUCCCAUCAAUUCGGGCGUUCUUGGGUGCGGGUUCGCGGCCCGUUCUUGGCGGGCCGGAAGGUACCGCCGAUACGGUGGCUGCAGCGUCGUCGUCGUCGGUGGCGGCGGCGGCAGCCGCGGCGGCAGCUGCGUCAAUCGCGUCCGCCCCCGUGGCGUUUGCGGCUGGCUCUCCCUCCGCGUUCUUUGCGGAUGCGCGCGAAGCGCGCGUCCCGUCCUCGCCGUCCACUUGUCCUCCGCAAGCAGCUGCCGCGGAUGCGACCGCGUCGGUUUCCCUGAGCGCAUUCGCGCAGGCGCAGCGCCCGCCCGCUCAUCUCGCAGCAUCUCCCUUCCCCGCCUCCUCCGCCAUCCUCCGCCACCUCCUUAGUUCCCCCGCACAAUCCUCCGCGGCGCUCUCAUCCUCCUCCCCCAGUCGCGCAACCCCCGCUGCCUCCGCGUUCGCGGCCGCCGCGGCGAGCCACAGACCGGGAUUCGCGGUGCCUGUCGCGUCGCCGUGCGCGUCGUCAGCGUCGCCGUCGCUUGCGCCGUCGAUAGCGCCGACGUCCUUCUCGCUGUCGCACUCGGUGGCGUCCGCGGGAUUAACAGGCCCGACGCGCAGUGGCGCGCAGGGGAAGAAGUGGGGGGGGUAUUCCGCGAGCGGGGAGGUGGACAGGGACGAGGCGUGCAUGGCGCAGUGUGUGCCGGGGGAGCGCGCGUCUGGGUGGCACAUGCAGGAGCAAUUGCAAGUGCCAAGGUGGGCGAGGCAGGGCGUGGAGGCGGGGCGCUGGCAAGAGAGAAGCAAGGAGGAAGGGGUGUUUGGGUGGAUGUAUGGAGGCGGGGGCGGGCCAGAGCACCUGCAGGCUCUGCUGGGAUCCAUGGCAAGGAGAGUGAACGAAGAGCAUGGGCAAGGGGUGGAAGCGAAAGAUGAGUCCCUAGCGGGAAUCAUUUUGCCUGAUCCGGGACUGGCUGCACAUGAUACGGACGGUUCUGGAGGCGGAGAUGGUGGAGCAGCAGCGAAAUAUGGAGCUGCUGCUGCAGCUGCAUCGGUGGGAGCAGGGACGAACGUUGCCGUGUCGGGGGAAGGGCAGGGGGAUUCUGAUGUGCUUCUUGAUGCGAUGUUGGAUGGGCUCUGCGACCUUCUGGUUCCUGACUGGCAACCGUCUGCCUCUGCUGCUCUCCCUCCUCCCGUUUCUGGUUCCUCAGAUGCUGCUGCUGCUGAUACCCCUGCCGCCGCACCUGCGGAGACUGCAGCGGCUGUGGGGUCGUGUGAGGUGCAGGCAGAUCAUGAGCAGCUGCAGAUUGUGGCAGCGCUGUUUGAGCAGCACCAGCAAGGGCAGGAGCCGCAGGAGGAGGUGCCGUCAGUGGCAUGGGAGCAUGGGUCCCAGAUGCUUCAGAAGGAGCGUGAUUGGAUGCUGAGUGCAGAUGCAUUUAAGCACAUGCUGAUGGAUCAUUCGGAUCCGUCGCUUCCUUCCACCGCCUCAAAUGCAGAGGUUGGGAAGGUGGUGGGUGGAGAUUUCUUUGGAAAGGAUUUCUACGCCCGGCCUGAUAUGGUUCUUGAGAGCAUGGCGGCUGCUCGCACUCAUCAUUUCAGUCCCUUAAUCUCCUCGAAUCGCCACCCGAGCACCAUGACUGUGAAGCGAAGGAACGGAGGUCGCAACAAGCACGGGCGCGGGCAUGUGAAGCCCAUCCGCUGCUCCAACUGCGCCAAGUGCUGCCCCAAGGACAAGGCGGUGAAGCGGUUUUUAGUGAGGAACAUUGUGGAGCAGGCAGCAGUCAGGGACGUGCAGGAGGCAUGCGUCUAUGAUGGAUACGCGCUGCCGAAGCUGUACGCCAAGGUGCAGUACUGCAUCUCGUGCGCCAUCCACUCGCACGUCGUCAGGGUGCGCUCGCGCCAGGCUAGGCGCAUCCGCGAGCCGCCCAAGAGGCCCGGGCGCAAGAUGGACGACCGUGGCAAGCCUGGUGCCCCUGGCGCGCCUGGUGCUCGCCCGGGUGCCCCCGGUGCCCCUGGAACCAGCAUGGCGCAAGGCGCGACGCUCGCGCGCGUGGCUUUUGCUCCCGCUGCGCAAUCGCCGCUGCCGGCGCCGGCGGGGCUUCCGUCAGCUGCAGCUCCGUACUCCGAUCUUCACGCCGCAGUCUCCGCCGUGUUUGGCGGGCCGUCGCCAAUCCCAUUAUCUGCUGCCGCCGAUGGCGCGUCGCCGUCGCCGUCGCCGUCGCUUCCGUACAGGCUCGUCGCGAGUGACAGUAACCAGGGGUUGCUGUACUGCUGGCGGCCCGGCGGCGAGGCGCUGACUGUCGUGGGAUGCGGUACGCGCGCAGCGAGCGGCGCUUACGCGGAUGCGGACUCAACGGAGGAUCCGGCCGCGGGCGCGUGUGACUCCAUCCGCAUGCCGCUCUCCCCAGCCCCGUCCGCGCCGGUGCGGCAGCUGCUGCUCUCCCCCUCUGGGCGCUCCCUCGCGCUGCUCUCGCCCUCCGCCCUCGCCGUUGCGGACGUCUCCUCUGCCGCGGCGCGCCUGCGCACACACGCGGGCAAGCCGGCGCUGGGGGGAGAGAUGCGCGCGGAGGAUGCUGAUGCUGUUCCGUGUGUGCGAGUGGCAGACUUUCAGGGGGAGGCGGUGCACGUGGUGCAGGCGGCAUGGCACCCCCUCAGUGACGCGCACAUCGCCCUCCUCACCUCCGACAACGUCUUCAGGCUGUACGACAUCUCAGCAGCCGCCCACUCUGCAGCCACCGCCCCACAGCAGCGCGCAGCAGCCACGGCAGCAGUGGAGCAGGAGUACGUGCUGCAGCCCGCCACGUCAGCUGCCACGUCAGCUGGUGCAGCAGCAGGUGGAGGGAGUGCAGGGGCGGGGUCGCCCGGUGCGUGCGUGGGGUUUGCCUUUGGUGGCGACCACAUCUGGGAGCGCUUCUCUGUCUUCUUCUGUUUUCAGAAUGGCUCCAUAUACGCGCUCUGCCCUCUGCUGCCCUUCAACUCGUGGGUGUCUGCAAAAGCCAUUGCAGAGCUAAGGGCCGACGCCGAUUGCUGCUCCCUCUCCGCAUCUGCACGCACACACGCGCUCCUCGCCUCCUCCUGGCUCUCCCACUCCUUCCCACAACCCCGAACCCCCCCGCACCGAGCACACUUACAACACUCCUCCCCUUCCCCGGAUGCCGCCGCUGGCUCUCGGCUGAUGCUUCUUGGGUCGGGGCAGGAGAGGGAGCAGGCGGGGGAGGCUGGGGGAGCCGGGCUGGUGAAAUCCGCUCGCUAUGCCAUUGGGAGCUCAUCACUCGUGCUGCAGGGCCCCUUUCCCACCAUAACCGGAGACGACCCAUCCCUCUCCUCCCCCUCCUCCUCGCCCCUCCACCCCUCCUCCUCCUCUUCUCUCCCUCCAUCCCCCCAAUCGCUGCCCUGCUGCAUGGCGCUAACAGUGGUGGGGCAGGACAGUGUGCUGCUGGUGGGGGAGAGGGGCGGCGCAGUGCGAGUGCUGGUCAUGGCGGACGAGGUGCAUCCCAUGUGGGACACUGCCCGCGCGCCCUCUCUUGUCUUCUCUUCCCACCUGCAUGUGGAUGCGCGCGUGCCUGACUUUGUGCUGUGUGCGCACGCAUGGGGCGUGGAUGCAGUGCUGCUGCGCUGGCUGCCCUUCUCAGAUCACCACGACGCCCUCUCCGCCUGCCACAAGGCCCUCCCUUCAGUAGAAGUCUACAGCAUCUCCUCCUCCUCUUCCUCUUCCACCUCUUCCUCGUCUUUGUCGUCCUCUUCCCGCCUCUCCUCUUCGCGCCCCUCCUCUUCUCUUCCCCCGUCUUCCGCCUCUUCUCCUCCUGCUCCUCCUUCUGCCACAGCUGCUGCCGGGGUCCCCUGUAUCGGCCUAGCAGUGCUAUCCCGCAGCAGUAGGGGCCUCUCAGGAGCAGCAGAGAGGGGCGGGGGUGGGGAGGAACGGGUGGUGGUGACAGUAGACGCACGAGGGGGGUGUGCUGUGCUGAGAGUGCGGCGGCCGGGUAUAGCGCUGGUGGAAGGGGUAGAGGGAGCGGGAGAGGAGGAGGAGGAAGGCGAGGGGAGGAGUGUGGAGGAAGAGGAGGAGAUGGCAGGGCGGGGAGUGAGUGAGAGGGUGCUACGAGGUCCCACCUCUUCUGCCUCGCAGGUGCUACAGCAGGUGCCAGCAGCGGUGCGCAAGGCAGCGGCAUCAUCAAUGGAGGGCAAGGCCAUGCUGCACUCCUGUGCCAAGGCGCUGCAUGCCUCUCACGUCGCCUACGCUCAUGCCGCAUACGUGGAGGUGCGGGCGCACGAGCAGUGGGCGCAGCAGCAGGUGGAGCAGCAGCAGGCGCGGGCAGAGCGGCUGCAGCGAAUAGCGCAGGUGGAGGGGGACGUGUGUGCGGGGCUAGCAGCGCGCGUGCAGGAGCGCCUGCGCGUGAACCAGCGCCUCAUGCACCGCGUUGAGAAGGCCCGCGCCCGGGCUUGUUGGGGCCGGCACACGCUCUCUCUGGCUGAGCGGCAGCUCAAGGGGGAACUUGAUGCAUUACAGCAUCACGAGCUGCCACUGCUGCUGGACUCUGCCGCUCACCUGCAGUCGCGCUGGGAGCACAUAGCUGAUGCGGACAGCACCAGCACCACCACCACCAGCAGCACGAGCAGCGACAAGCAAAGCCCUGCGAAACCCGAUCCAUACAGCAUUGGCCGCGAACCCUCUGACGGAGCCACUGCUGCUGGCGCUGCUGCAACUAGCGCUGCUGCAACUGGCGCUGCUUCUGGCUCUGGUACUGCUGCUGCUGCUGCUGCUGCUGCUGCUGCUGCUGCUGUGUCUGUACAGAAGCGAGGGCUGGACGGGCAUCAGGCAGUGCGGGUGCGGCGGGCGCUGGGGCAGCUGAGUGACACGGUGCAGCAGCUGGCGGACAUGGUGCGGGAGGUGGAUGCGGAGCUGCUUAGACUAGACAUGCAAGGGCUGCACUGCAACGGUGGUGCCGUGUGA